GUGUAAUUUCCAUCUUUAACACAUACACACACGCACACACUCAUUCUUUCUCUCUCUCUCUCUCUCUCCUCUUUUCAACUUUUUGGAAGUCUUUACUUCCUCUCUCCCUUUCUUCUUCUCAUUCCCCUCCACCGACCGUUCCACUCGUUUUUGUAUUAUACCCUCCCUUUGGUUUUCGAAUACCAAGCAACUUUUGGUCCCCAUUACUCUCCCUAGAACAGAAAAGCUUUCGUCACUCGUUUUUUUAUUAUAAUUCAAAUGCAUCUCUCCAGCAUAGCUUCUGCUGCUCUCGUUGCAAUUGCUGCGUCCUCGUCAUGUCUGCUAGGUGGUGCUGAUGCAGCCGUCGUCCCUCCUUCUGAUGGUGGUGUAGUACGACUGCCACUUAUUCGUAGUGCAAACGGCCAACUCGCACAACUCAAACAUCUAGAAUCGACGCCACUCGAUAAGCGUGAAGCCCGGGCUUCUCUUUACAAUGCUUUUGGUAGAGAAUACUUGAUCGAGGUCGGUGUGGGUACGCCUGCCCAAAUGUUCAACCUGACGUUAGAUACUGGCAGUGCAGAACUUUGGAUACCAUCGACAGCGUGUCCAGCAACAUCUUGCCCUUACGACCGAUUCGAUUCUUCAAAGUCAUCAACAUUCGAGGCCACGGUGCAAUCCUUUUCGAUUGAAUACGGCGUCGGUACUGCCGAGGGCACGUAUGGUGUUGAUACGGUGACUGUCGGCACGGCCAAGGUAGACAAGCAAACGAUUGGUCUUGCCAGCAACAGCGGAAACAUUCUCGGUAUCGUUUCGAGCGGCGAACAAUCGAACGGUAUCUUGGGUCUUGGAUUUGGCGGCCUCAACACUGCCCGUGGCGCUUCCAACGACGAACCAUUUCCCUUCAACCUCGCCAGCACAUUGAACGACCCUGUAUUUUCCAUCUUUUUAAACAGCCAUUUUUCGUUUGGCGUUUCGGGCGAGAUCAUGUUUGGUGGCAUUGACACGUCCAAACACACCGGCGAUAUCCAAUACGUGCCAGUUGUCAACUACGAUACUACCAACUACUUGGUGUCACCCAAUGUGGGUGCUGACGGUAAAAAGUCAGGCACGAAUCUUUACUGGUCCGUAGCCGGCCAAGGUGUCAAGGCCAAUAGUUACUCCAAAUCGCUACCUUCCGUCCAAGCCUUCAUUCUCGACACUGGCACUACGUUGACCAUGAUUCCCAAAACGUAUGCCGAAGGUAUUCUCGGCGCCGUCACUGGCUCAACAUCAAAGUACUCGUGGGACGAGUUGAACGGUGUCUAUCGCAUCGACUGUUCUUUCAAGACCAGCACCGACAAGGUCGAGUUCCAAAUCAGUACCGCCACCGACAGCGCAUCGACGAGCCCAGUCACCAUUAGCACACCUGUCAGCGAAAUGAUCAUUCCGCUCGACUCUGAUUACAUUGAUUCUGCCACAUCGUGCAUGUUUGGCAUUACCGCUUCCAGUUCGGGUCUGACCGCUGGCGAGAGCUGGAUUAUCGGUGAAGCGUCUUUGCGUUCCAUGUAUUCUGUGUACGACAUGAAAAACAACCGCGUCGGUUUGGCGCCUGUGAAUCUGGACGGUGCUGGCAAGUAUACUCCCGCCAGAUCGGAUGGCCAGGCUAUUGAUUCUACUACUACCUCAACCACUCAGGAUAAUCAGAACGACGAUGAUAAAGACAACGAUACCGAUGCCGAUGCUCAGUCAGCCAACGAUAAAGUCGACCAAGGAGAAUCUAAAGCUCCUGCUGGUGCAGCCAUGGUCAACCUAGCAAUGGGUGCUGCUGUCUCUGCAAUGGCCUCUUACUGGCUCAUGUAACAGUGAAUAUUUUUUAAUGUAUUACCAGUAUAUUACCCUACACUCUCUACCACCUCAUCACCACUCUACUACCACUUUUACCAGCACGUCCACCAUCGAUUCUAUUACUUCCAUCAUAUUAUUUUAAAUUAUAAAAAAAUUUCUGUAGCUUUUGCGGCAGAAGACUACUCUUACCACUUACUAUUACUAUAAUUACUACUAUUAUUUCAUCUACUC